AUGCCCAAGUCUCUGUGCAUUCAAUGGAGCUUGCAGUUUCAACGCUUCACCGUCCCUGGGGCGUUUCGCCUCAUUGAUUACGCUAAAAAAGGGAGCAACCGGACAUCCUACUUCUCGCAAGGUGGAGACUACAAUAGACUAGUAGCCAAGGCAACGUUUCCUCAUUGUGUUGUCUUUCUUUCUACAUUCACGUCCAUUGGAACCAAAGCUGGCAAUGUUUUAUUUCGAGUCUCAACUGGAGCUGCUGGACGCGAACCACGUUUCCGGGGCCAGCCUUCGACCAUAGUCACAAGCAACGCACCCGAUUGUACUAUAUUUGCCAAGGAGUUUCUUUAUCUCGCUUGCAACGAGCUUCAUCAACUUUGCAACGCGACUACCUGUCAAGAUGGGGUUACCAAGCUUUCUUGCAACUCCCUGGUGCGUACUGGGGCCACGGCGUUGCCUGUAUUUAAUGGGGCCAAGGAUGCUAUUGCGGCCGCAGUUAUACUGCGUAUUCCUGACGUGAUCGGGGAGGCGGGCUUGGCGCUUGGGUACGAAUUACUUGAAUCCCAGAGGAGCCGACUCAAGGAGUGGAAGAGCCAACAGUCGGAGCUGACAGGCGUCGCAGGAGCUACAUGGGAUUCCGACAAGGACGAGCAGCAAGUCCAACAGGAGAUCGCCAACAGGUUUUUGAAGGAAGGCGACCCCCGAGGGUACAAGUCCUUUUUUGUCCAGCAGCCCUCAAUCAAGAGAAUCCGGAGAGUCCUUGUCCCAUAUAUUGUUUGCCGCACUUCCAAGUCUCGAAUGCCUGACGGAAGUCUUAUCUUGAACAUCCCGGACCUUAUCGAGUCCAUCGUAUGGAUUUCCAUCAAUGAUGUCGAAAGGAAGGCACUUGUAGACCUUUACAAUCGGCUCAUGAGCAAAAAGCCAAAAGGACUCCAAGGAGAAAUGCUUUUGAGCUGGAACUCUUUCCUGAUGGACUAUAAGCAUGUUUUGUUCCACCCUCUGAUGCGUGCGGAGACCAACGCUCGGUUGGAGCCUUUUUGGGAGCAGUGGACGCUCGAAAACCUCCAGUCCCGGGCAUCCUCAAAGCUCUUAGCAACCUUGAGCAUCCUUGAGCAUUACAAGGAUCCUGCUGCCGAGCCGCUGUUCUUCAACCGUGAUGGCACUCGCAACGUCAAACAAGAAUCGAGCUUUGUGUCUCCUCCUUCCAUUCAAGCUCCAACCAAGCCACGAAAAAUUCUCAUUUUUAUCAUGUACGACCGCCACACCCAAGUCACCAAAUUCGUGAGUGCAUGUCUGCUUCUCAAGACUUCAUUCCUGACCAAAGUCUCGCCUCUACAGAUGCUGGACCUUCACAAAUACAAGUACGUCGAGUACAAUGGCAGCAUGACCGACAUUGAGCGUGAUCAAGCCGUGAAAAACUUCGAAUCUCAAGAUGACGUUUAUAUCAUGCUCCUUAGCAACGUUGGCACUACCGGUUUAAAUUUGACGAUGGCCUCGGUUAUAAUAUUUUUGAGUGGCUUGUGGUCUGGAGUGGAGACCAAGCAGACAGGCGGUCGAUGUUGGCGCCCCGGGCAACUUCAUGUUGUCCAUAUGUAUCAGCUACUUGCCCCAAACACGGCCGACAAGAUCUUAUCUUCGUACGCGACAAGCAAGACAAUCAUGGAGAACCGGUUCUUCUCCCAGACCAAGGAGCUUGCUACCAAGAUCUUUCAGUACAAGGACAAGACUGAUAGCAAGGCAAGCGAGAACGAGGCUCCUACUUUGUAUAGUCGCUCUGCUGUCGUCCCUCGUGCACUGAAGAGCCAAGAGGGUGAUACUACGUCUACCCAACCUACGAUCAAAAAGGCUGGGUCAAGAAAGAGAAAGGCGCCUAGUUCUUCCACUCAAACAAGGGAUUCAGAGCAACCUGACGCAAGUGCAAGCAAGCCCAAGCGAGCCAAGGUAUCGGACAAAGAUAAAGCCAAGAAUGCAGCGCAGCCUGAGCCGUUGCCGUCUGAACAUUGGUCGUCAUCCCCGGCUCAAGGAGCUCAAACAUCCUUCCCGAAAGGCAAAGUGAAUCCAGGAGCAACAAACGGCAGUAGCAAGAGUGCUGAGACUGCCUCUUCAGAGCCACAGUCACCACCACGAUCACAACCACGACCACGACCACGACCAAGAAUGCGUAUCUCUCCCAAUGUCAAAGAUGGUGGAGCUAUUGCUAACAUCGUAUCUCCUAUGCUACGAGCUGAGACGGUCGAGCCUUGCGUGGCAUCAAGCUCCAUCCAGGUCCCUGUUGCAUCCGAUACUCCUGUACCGACUCAGUCAGCCCCUCUUACCACUGCCGCAGGUUUGGCUGAUCUACCUUUGGUUAGUUUUGCACCGGAAUCCAGCCCAGAAGUCUCAUCUAUCGCUGCGGUACGGGUUCCGGUUCUGCAUGACCCGCCAACACAGCAGCCGAGUUUCGCUCCUUCCCCUGAUUCCGCUCAACCAUCCACAUCUCAAGACCUCCCUGCUGUUGAUUCCUUGGCCCCCACUGCAGCACAAACUGCCUGCAAGGAUCACAAUCACUCUCCUGAGCCAUUGGUAGGUCACGAGCUGUCAUCUGACUAUGAUCCCGACGUUGAUGUCGUUGGAUUGGGUGAGGACAAGGAUCUUCCGGAUAUCUCCGCGGUGACUCAAGGGGGCUCUGUUGCGGAUUCUUUGAGAAGCACUGGCCCAACCCUCGGGGGCCCUUCGUCGCUCAAAUCCUCACCGGUACUUCCUCAAGGAUCAGGAUCUGACGGCCGUGCUGUACUUCAGGAGAACCCUUAUCCUCACGGAGAGUCCUUGCUUGAUGCUUUUGUUCACGAGCUGCUCAAUGAUCUUGAUCAAAGCCCUGGUUCACCCACCAAAUCGAAUCCACCCCAGGCAAAAGACAAGGCAACUGCGGUUGACACGAGGGCGCCCGCUCCUUACCACCCCACACCCGCAAGAACGUGGCGCACAUCAACGACAAGUAGGAGCUUGGCAAAGCUAACGCCUUAUCAACCACCUCAAAGCAACAGCAGUGCUUCCAUCCGUCCACGACAGCGCGAUGUUAUUCCUCACAAGGCCCCCGAACCUUCCACAAGCGAGCUACCUGAUGGUCCCAACUCAAACCAACCUGCACCACCCCAAAGGCCCAUGGUAAGGUCGGGUGCAUUCAAGGAUGUGAGUAAAGAGGAUGUGCCCAAGGUUCUGGCCAAAGGCAAGCAAGCCGUGAUGGACGAAGUAGACCGCGUAUCCCAGACUGGCGGUGUAGGUGUUCUCAAAUCUCAGCAAAGAAGAAUGAUGGCAGUCAAUAGUGCCUCGAUUCAAGUUGUACCUUCGCUGGAAAACCCUUCUUCCUCAGAGAAGCCUACCUCCCGGUUAUCUCGCUUGGGUUCCAAGAGUAAUCCACCUUCUUGA